UGCAAACACUUGCGCAGUCUGCUUGAGACCAGGGAACGGGAAGACAGAGUUCUUAAUCACCGAGAAAACCCCGAAUCGCCGAUUUUGAAUCCGCAGCGACCGGAGAUUAGGCAGCAUCAUUCGCUCUCUCUUCCUCCUCUGGAUCUCUUUGCUCUUCGUCCUUGAGAACCUGCGAAAAUGGUGGACACCGAGACGGCCAGAACGAUCAUAGGCAUUAUCGGAAAUGUCGUCUCCUUCGGUUUAUUCCUGUCUCCCAUCCCGACAUUCGUCACGAUAUGGAAGCAAAAAUCGGUGGCGGGAUUCAAGCCGGAUCCCUAUGUAGCGACGGUACUCAACUGUGCGAUGUGGAUGUUCUACGGCAUGCCCUUUGUCCAUCCGGACAGCAUUCUUGUCGUCACAAUCAACGGUUUCGGUUUUUGUCUCGAGCUCUUCUACAUUGCGAUAUUUUUCACGUACUCUCCAUGGAACAAACGUCGGAACAUCUUACUUGCGCUUCUCGUUGAACUGAUCUUCAUGGCUGCAGUAGUUGUGAUCGCCGUGUUGACUCUCCAUACCACAGGCAAGAGGUCUAUACUAGUUGGAAUGUUGUGUAUCAUCUUCAACAUAGCGAUGUACACUUCGCCAUUGACAAUCAUGCGCCGAGUCAUCCAGACAAAAAGUGUCAGGUACAUGCCCUUCUAUCUGUCACUCGCCAACUUCUUCAACGGCAUCAUCUGGGCUAUCUAUGCGCUCCUCAAAUUUGAUCCCUACGUCCUGGUGCCGAAUGGUUUGGGAGCCUUGUCUGGUCUGGUGCAGCUGAUUCUCUAUGCAACAUACUACAGAACCACCAACUGGGACGGGCCGGAGGGGAAACCCACGUCCCAGGUUGAACUUUCCGGUGCUUAAGAUAUAGUGCUUAAGAUAGAGACACUAAACAGAAGCGGUGUCCUCUGCUCCUCAAGAUUCAGUUCUUUUUUUUAACCCUAGUACUUAAUUUGCAUGAGUACGAUGUUUGGCAUGAAUGGUUGUUGUAAAAAACUAAUCGACGUACUUCCAGCCAAACGGCAAAUAGCAGAAUGGAAACACAGGAAUGCCCGGCAUACAUCAGCAAUUUGUCUAGAA